UGCAUCCCCCCAGUGGCCGCGGAAGGAGCCCGGUGCGCCCUCACCAUGGCGGCGGUGUGGGCGCUGCGGGUAGCGCCGCGGCAGAGGCCGGAGCUCGGCCACGCGGGGCUCAGGGUGUUCUGGGGUGGCCGCAGCAGGGAAGAGGAGAGAGAAAUGGAAGCAGACCAAGCAGUUCCUGAGAAGGAGGAGAACAGCAAGCCCAGCAUUAUCCCCCUCCCCCAACGCCGCCGGAGCUACACACCUCCCGAGGACCUGCAGAGCUGCCUCAACCUGCAGAGCUGCCUCGAGUGCCAUGUCAGGGAGGUCUUCGGGCCCUCUGUUCCCGAGGACUGGCAGCAGGCUCCCCUGCAGAACAGGCUGAAGUAUCACCUGCUGGCUCAGCUGGCGGCAGAGCUGGGACACGCUAUGUCCAACUCGAAGAUGCACUGCAUGUGCUGCGCUGGGGACGUGCUGGGCUUCCACUGCACCCCUGUGAAGGAUGGCACCAAGAUUGAUGAACUCGCAGCCGCAGAGCUGCCCCCAAACCUGAAAAUCAUCUGGCAGCAGUGAGUCCCCCGACAGAGCAUUCCUGUGCCUGGCUGGUGCUGUAGGGCAGCAGCAGAGCCAGCUGGUUGGGGUGAAAUAUCUGUGACUUUCAGUAAUAAAGAUUCACUUAGCUGUGCUCGGG